AUGUCAAUUAAGUAUUUGCAAAAAAAUAGAGGGUGGAAAGGAAUGUAAUUUUUUUGCUUUCCUCCGAACAAUUUUGUUGAUAACACCUUUAUGUCGUUUGUUUAUCGAAUUGCUUGCAUUUGACGGGAAGUAAAGUGGCACUUGCUGCAAUAACACCAAACGUGGAAUACCGUAUUCAUCAUUGGUAUACAUGUUAAAAAAUGUCAACCAAUGUGAACUUGGCAAACAAUGAUGAGGACUCUUUCAUCAUCCUGGGUACGUCACCAGGUACUAGUCUGGACCUAAGGUGCAAUGGCGUGGAAAAUGGAGACACACUUGACAAGGAGCAGAUUGAAGAUGCAUUGAAAGAUAUUCCUCCCGAAGCUUCAAUGGCUUUUAAGGCAUAUUUUCACAUUGGUGACACUCCAUCUCCGGGUAGUAUGAUGAUCGCCAGCACGAUAGUAACAGAAGACAGAAGUACGGAGGAGCUACAGAAGCGGUUCGGUGAACUUCUAGACGAGAACCUGGUCCUCAAGGAGACUCUGAAGCAGAACAAUGAGUCCCUGAAGGAACAGCUGGGUUUAAUAUCCUCCUGUCAGGACGAUAUGUUGAACACACACAAGAUACAUAGAGAGAAAUUUGAUGAAACUAAGAAUUUAGUUAAAAAGUUACGUGAAGAAAAUAAGAUAUUAAAGGCAGACGCUAUGCGUUUGUCCGGGGGCACGGGGGGCGGGUCGCAGCCGCGGUCUUUGCGCUCGGGGGCGUCUUCAGGGGUGGAGUUUGUGACGUCACCUGACGACGACACCAUAGACAAGCUAACAUCACAAUUGGAACUUGUUGAGAAGCAAAGACGACAGGUUAUAGUUGAAAAUGAAAAAUUAACCUGGCAAAAGGAAUCUCUAGAGCACAUAGUGGAUGCUACUUCCAAAGAAAGAGAUGAACUUAAAGAGAAAUUGAAAAAUCUUGAGUUGCAAACAUCUACGACAGAAAGUGAUCACGCACAAGAAAUUAAAAAAUUACAUUUUAUUAUACAGGAUUUACAGAGACAGCUUAAAUCUGUUAGUGACGCCAAAGAAUCUUCAGAAGAUAUCGCAGCCCGAGACAAAGUCAUACAACAGUUGGAAAGCAAAAUAUCUAACUUGCAAAGUGAACUGAAAGUUGCACAGAUUAAGAUUUUAGAUCUAGAAAAUAUUAAGUUAGAGUUCACUCAGCACAAGUCGUCAGUAUCGGAUACAGUGAGGAUGUACAAGGAGCAGAUACAAGAGCUCUCCACCAGACUGAAAGAAGCGCAGACUACCAUGUUCCAGCCAGUGCGGCUCUCCCUCAGCUCGGAGUCCGAGGGUAGUUCGGAGUUCGCCUCCUUCACCUCCAAUGUGAAGUUGUAUGACAGAACUCUCAAACACUUAGCGGACUUUGUCAACGCACUCACUACUGGGUUGUCCGACAGUUUAGUACAAACAUUAGGUACAGUAGCGAGUUUGUACGAUUUUAAGUUGGAGCGCGGAACAGUCGAUAGAUUCAAGUCCGGCCUCGCUGAUGUUAAACAACAACUAGAAAGGCAACAUAGUUACGCACUUAAUAAUAUAGGCAAACUCCGCGGUAUGCUGUCAAUAUUCGAAGGCAUAUUUAAGGACUACAACGAGCUCUUAAAGAAAGCGCUCACUAAACCUGAAAACAUUGAUUGGUUUCAUAAGUUAUACAUGUUAAGUAUCGAAUUUAAUAUUUAUGAAGCGUUCUUUAUAAAUGUAAUUAAAAAAAAGGUUCGCAAAAAGAAGAAACUAUCAAAUGAGUCAGGGGCGGGGCCUUCUGGGGCGGAGUCUCCGCGCACCCCGCCCCCGCAGCGCUACACCUGCCCCGUCUGCGACAACACAUUCAAGACUCUGAUAUUCCUGCAGCAACAUGUCGACUCUUGUUUGUUGUGAAUUAACACAAUCAUCUGCCACUAAGGGCUUCACUUAGUGUAUUAAUAAUGCUACAGUAUAGCUGACAAUCGAAAAUAAUUCGCAAUCCCUUUUGAAUAAUACAGCAGAAUACUGAAACGACAUUUAAAUUUAUAACACCGCCUACUAAUAUUUACAAAGAG